AUGGCCUCUGCGUGCUCUUUUCAUGGUGUCGUCGUAACUAACUCUAACAAGAUGAUAUUAGAUGCUUUGCCUGGAGAUUAUGAAUCGUACUUCAGUUCAGACACCCUCAAAGAAGCAGAACAAGUGCCUCCUGACGCACCUGAACAAACUCCAAACUAUCUCACAAUGUUGACUCAUCCCAAUACACCUUCGCAUCGACUGGACCUCAAGAUCGGUGCCGUAUGUGCUAUUCAACAGAGUCUAUCAGUGGAGAAGGGAUUGGUUCAUAGAAGUGCAGAUUCCAGAGACACAGGAAAGGCACUGCCUGCCUCGCAUUAUAUUCACGUUCAACCCACCGGGUUCAACUUGGAUUGUCAAUCGUAA